UGAAUUUUUGUUAUUAUUCGCCAUGAUUUUAAUUCGCUGGUUAUUUAUUUUGGCCGUCAACCCGUCGACGAUGGCCCAGCAACUCGUUGAGGUGAUACUCGACAUUUCCGAAAAUUCCACUUGUCCAGGAAUAGUUUUAGCCCUUCCUGGCCAAGAAUGGACAGAGAGGGAAGAAUCUGUGCUGGACGAGUUGCUGAAAAACAGGUUGAAUCGACCCGUCACUCUGUUACCUCAUCGUGAAAAUUGCUGUCCAGAAUUGAGAGAAAUCGUCUGCAGCGACGCUGUUGUUGUUCUCCUCCGAAACCGGACGGCCGAGCUCCCGUCAAUCUACCGCCAACUGCGCAACUGUUUUCACCUCAACAAAUUGAUCGUGGCCAUCAGCAAUUCCACGCGUCAGUCCGGCGACAAAUUCUUACAAGAGCUGAGGAACGAGCGAAUCUUUUUAUUAAUCGAGUCCAGCAACUUGACACAAAUUCUCAAAUGGUCUGUCAGUCGUGAUGGGGUCGUCAUUCAACAGCAUCCGAAAAUCGACCAAAGUUAUUCGGUCGAUUCGUUUAAAUUAUCCGGGCGGCAUCUCAAAGUGGCGACGCUUCACCAUCCGCCGGCCGUCGUGAUCCGCCCGUCCAACAUCAGUUCAGAGGUCACCUUAUCGGUGGACGGAAUCGAGCCGUCCGUUAUGAAACUGAUAGCCGACGCAUUGAAUUUCACAUUCGACUACGUCGUAGCGCCGGCCAACGAAAUGUGGGGCGAAAUACUGACGGACCAACAGCCAAAAGCCAGCGAGAAUCAAACGGUCCGUUUCACCGGAAUCAGAGGCAUGUUGGUGCGACGAGAGGUCGAUUUGGCCUUUGGCGACUUGUACGUCAUACGAAAUUGGCUACCUCACAUAAGCUACAGUCAAAUUUACAAGAUGGACUACGACUGUUUUGUCGUGCCGGGCCCCAAGCCGCUGGCCAGCUGGAUGGCCGUCGUUCUGCCGUUCUCCGUCAAGACCUGGCUGGCCACUUUGGCUUCGCUGGCCCUCGUCACUGUCGGACUGGCGGCCAUUUUCUUUCAGCCCAAUCGAUCCGCCAGCCUCGGCUCCUCGUUCCUCUUCGCUCUGGGCCAGCUGCUUUGGAUCCAGCAGCCUCGAUUUCCGGACGGAAAGGCCUCGUCGGCCAGCCUCUUUCUCAUCUGGUCGUGGCUCUUCGCCGCCACCAUCCUGUCGACCGUCUACCGCUCGGGCCUGAUUUCAUUCCUGACCCAUCCGUUCGCCCAGCAGCCCGUCAACACCAUCCAGCAGCUGGUGGAGAGUCCGCUCAACAAAAUGAUGUUCUCCGAUUUCUACAGAACGGUCCUGCUCAAUUCGACGGACCCGUUUCGUCGCCAGCUGGGCCACCAGCUGCGGACGACCGACAACAUGAGUCAAAUGCUGGACUUGCUGCAGACCGGCCACUGGGCCGUCGAUUCGUCGCUGGACAGUUUGAAUUAUUUGAUGAACAACCAGCAGACGACGCUGGGCUUGCACGUCAUGCAGGAAAGACUUUUCCCCACACGUUCGUCGUUCGGCCUCCAAAGGGAUUCGCCAUUAAAGCCCAGAGUCGAUUCGGUGCUGCAGCGGCUCAUCGAAGCCGGGCUGGUCGACUACCACCGCUCCUAUUCGAAUCAACCGUCGGCCGGCAGACGCUCCGUGCUGAUGGAUGGGAAAAAUAACAAGACGGCCUUGGCCAGUUUCUCGCUGACGAAUCUGCAAGGUCCAUUCUACCUGCUGGGCAUCGGCAUCUUCGUCUCGACGCUGGCCUUCGCUUCCGAGUUUUUCGUUUCCUUAUUAUUCACCGGAAGAAAGAAAUGAAUAGACGAAUUAAAAA